AUGUUUGAUUUAUUGACAGAAAAUUUCAUGCAACAUGUUACGCUUAUCAAAGUUGUUCUUUUUGAAAACACAAAACUCGACGCCCAAAAAACUGGCGAAUUAAAAAAGGAGAUAAAAUCAAUUUUAAAAAUUUAUUUCCUUUACUUGAAUGCAAAUCAGACAAUGAACAAGGAAAGUUCAUUCAACAGUUUUUCUUAA